AUGACAACAUCUAAAGGAAGAAAAAAAUCUGAUAUGAAAAAAAAUGAUGAAUCUUUCUCAGAACAAAAAGAUUCACCAAAAAAAUUAAAGAACAGUUUGCAAGAGGAUAAGGCAAUAUUAAAAUUACGUGCUUGUUUAUCAUGUCGUUUGUUAAAAACAGAAGCAGAAUUCUAUCAAAGUGGUUGUAGCAAUUGUAAGUUUUUACAAAUGACUGGAGAUAGACACAGAAUUCAUGAUUGCACUAGUGAAAAUUUUAAUGGGUUUAUGGCUAUAACUAACCCUAACAAGUCAUGGAUGGCUCAAUACAAUGAUUUAAGUAAAUAUGUUCCUGGUUUUUAUGCUCUACAAGUAGUAGGAGAGUUACCUGAGUCAAUAAGAGAUUUAAAAUCGAAUUACUAA